AUGUGGUGUCGGCGGGGGUUUGAGUGGAGGGGUGGGCCCCUCACGUGGGCAGUGGUCACCGGCUGUACGGACGGCAUAGGCCUCGAGUACGCGCGACAGUUGGCCUCAAAGGGCUAUAACUUACUACUCAUUAGUCGUAAUCCAAACAAAUUGGCUAAAGUUGGGCACGAGAUUGAGUCGACAUACCGGUGCCGAUGCAGAGUAUUGACCAUUGACUUCUCGCUAACCGAUAUCUAUGACGCAAUUGAAAAGGAGUUCAAGAGAUUGGAGGAAAUGGAUGAAGAAAUACAUGUUUUGGUGAAUAAUGUGUCGAUUUGUUACCCAAAGGAAAGACCGGAAUAUUUCACAGAAAUCCCGAAUUUAUCGCAAUUUAUUGAAUCCAUAAUUAACGUCAAUAUCAACGCCUGUACGCGACUCACGGCACUGGUAUUGCCCCGUAUGGUAGCCAAAGGCCGGGGAGCU